AGGUCCAUUCUUUACACUGCACUUCUUCCACUGUGCACUCGCAUGCCAAGUGUGCGUUUACGGGUCAUUAGUCUAUCAAGCGAUUUGUUCAGGAAACAUUGUUAUGAAAUCAGUCCCCAAACUUCUCUUAACAGUACAAGACCUUAACUAUGAAGUUCUUCACAUUUAAGGACUAAACUUCUAAUAUUUUUACAUUUAAGGAUAGAUAUGUUUCAUUUUUACUCUUGUGACUCUGAAAAUACUCAAAAACAUGUUUUCUUAUAAAGGUAUACAAGUUUCUUACUAUAGCACGAUGCUUGAUUGCAUGUUGCAAAAACCAUUGCUCGGAUUUGUUUUACAAGUAAAAUAUUUUGCAUUGCUCUUUUUAUAUAGACUGGAAGUUGAGCUAGAGCAAUGUUGAGUGUUCAUUCAAUUUAGCAUUAAAUAGAUAGAGUGCUUUAGUCAUGUGUUUUUGGUGGGGACAAAGUGAAUGCCUAGAUUCCCCUUUUUCAAUUAUAAACUUAACUAUGAAAAUGAAGUUGAUAGGAGCAAGGUACUUUAACAAAGGUUUAGCCGCAUCAGUUGGUGACCAACUAAACUCCUCGUUAACAACCUCAUUAUCAACUGUGAGGGACCUUCAUGGCCAUGGAUCACACACCCUAUCAACUGCUGCGGGCAAUUUUGUUCCGGGAGCUAAUGUUUUUGGCCAUGGUAACGGGACAACAAGUGGGGGAUCGCCUGCAGCCCGUGUUGCAACUUAUAAAGUAUGCUGGCCCGAAGUUGGAGACGGUGCAUGCAUGGACGCAGACAUCCUUGCUGCCUUGGAUGCUGCAAUUAGUGAUGGUGUUGAUGUGCUCUCACUGUCAAUCGGUGGGGUGCCAAAUGAGUAUUUCGAGGAUGGAAUUGCAAUUGGGUCCUUCCAUGCUGUCAAGAAUGGCAUUACUGUGGUUGCUUCUGCUGGCAAUUCUAGGCCAACACCAGAGACUGCGUCCAAUGUGGCACCCUGGAUAUUUACAAUUGGGGCUAGCACAGUUGACAGAGCGUUCACAAGUUAUAUCACGCUUGGGAACAAGAAGAAGAUCAAGGGAAUGAGUCUUUCUGCAACAACUCUAUCGCGUAGGAAAUACUAUCCACUGAUCACUGGUGCAAGCGCUAAAUUAGAUGACGUCUCAAAAGUAGAUGCCAACCUGUGUGAGCUAGAUUCACUUGAUCCUAGAAAGGCUAAGGGGAAGAUUGUGGUGUGUCUUCAAGGGGGAGGUGGAACAACAAAGAAAGGGGUAGCAGCCUUAUGAGCCGGAGCUAUUGGCAUGAUUCUAACAAAUGAUGAGCAAAGUGGGAAUGAAGCUUUUUAUCCCCCAAAUUUCCACUUGACAUUUUUUUCUUCCAUCUGCCAAUUUCCACCAAGGGCUUGAUGCUUUUUGCCAGCCCACCAGGGCUUACCUGUGCCAACCCCCUACCCGAAAUAGUACUCUCCUUCUACGGUCUUCCCUUCUCGUAUGCCUCUAGCAAAAUUUUCACCACUGCACCUUUAAUUGAGCUGAUGAUUUCUGCUACUAUUCUGUUGAUAUAGGAUUUCCAUAUCUUAUUUGUUUGGAUACAGAGGAGACUGAUCCGAUUGCAUAUGGAAGACCCUUAGAUUUCUCAAAAUCACAAGAUGGGAUUCCUAGCUUGGUUUUUGGGAUUUUCAGAUGUGAAUUGCUGAUGGUUAAAGGGACACAUACUCUGUCGACAUGUGAAGCAAAUCCUGCCUUUUUGUACUGAAAUGGAUUAAUAUGUGCAAACUGGGUAUAUUCUAUAAGAGAAACAGGACCAAUUGCAGGAUUUCCAAAUCUCAUCUGUUUGGAUACAAAGGAGAAUAAUCCCACUGCAUAUGGAGGACCCUUAGAUUUUUGAAAAAUCACGGGAUGGGAUUCUUGGCUUGGUUUUUGGGUUUUUCAGGAUUUCAAAAUCUCAUUUGUUUGGAUACAGAGGAGACUGAUCCAACUCCAUAUGCAGGACCCUUAGAUUUCUCAAAAUCAUGAGAUGAGAUUCCUAGCUUGGUUUUUGGGUUUUUCAGGUAAGUUCUCAACAAUUCCUCUCAGAAUUGGAGCUGUGCCAAUAUAACUUUUGAAUAGAA